GGGGAAGGGGCGCCCGGAAUAGUUACGGCUCUAAGGACAAAAGCCAGCGAGCGAGCGAGAGAGAGAAAGCGCCCCCGCAGCACCGGGAGUGCAUGGGACAGGGACGAGGGGCAGCGCGGGAGGGAGAGUUCCCGAGGUGUGCAGGGGGCCCGGGCCAAGGAGAUGGGCGCCGCUGGAAACCCCACUUCCCUGGACCGCUCCUCUCCCAGGCUCCUCGGGAAUCCCACCUGCACCUAUCUCAAAACCCUUGAUGGAGAAGAAGAGAAGAGCCAGGAUUAACGUGUCUCUGGAGCAGCUGAAGGCGCUGCUAGAAAAGCACUAUUCCCACCACGUGAGUCCCCCACCCCGGGAACCUCGCCCCCAGAUGAUCAGAAAGCGCAAACUGGAGAAGGCAGAUAUCCUGGAGCUGAGCGUCAAGUACAUGAAAAGCCUCCAGAAUUCUGUCCAAGGGGCUGACUACCAGGCCGGCUUCCGCAGCUGCCUGCAUGGGGUGAACCAGUUCCUGCUGCGCUCCGAGGGGGCCAGCGAAGCUUCCUCCUUCCAGCUGCUGCAGGAGCUCGCCCGGGCCUCCCCGCGGGUGAGCGGCUCCGGCUGCAGGACCACGGACAGCAGCCCCACCGCGCCGCGCCCGGAGCCCCGGGGCUCCCGGCCCGGCGGCCGCGCGGCGGAGCCGCGGGCGCCUUUGCAGAAAGCCGGCGGCUCCCGGCCCUUCACGCAGCGCCCCGGGGCCCCUGGCGCUCCCAGCUCCCAGCCCCCGACUGAGCCGGGCGCUGCUGCCCAGCGGCGCGGCGCCGUGGAGCAAAGACCCUCCCUGCCCGGCAGGAGCCAGGCGCUGUGGCGGCCCUGGUAGCGCCAGCGCCGCCCCCCCGGGCGCGGCUCGGUCCGGAGACCGUGAGUGGCUGGGGGCGGGCGGGCGCUUCCCUGCCCGUGGGCGCUAGAGCGCAGCGGGGACGUGCCUGGGGGUUAGUCCUGGUCCCCGCGGGCCUCGGCUCCUUGGCUAGCCUGCGCCCCGGGCGCCCCCGGCUGGUUCCCGCCCCCGGGGAGACGCAGGACCCGCGGGAAGCCCCCAGCGUGGCUGCCGCGCUGGCAUUAACGAUCGCCUUGGCUGCCAAGGGGCGCCGGGGCGGGGGGGGCAGCGUGUCUGUACCUGGCUCCCGGGUUUAAUAAACCGGCUCCCAGA